ACACGUUGGUACCAAUAGGGCGCGAAUCUGAGUUUUUCGUACUUCAUAAUAUUUGUGUCUAGCUGUAGAAUUUGAAGUGAAUCAUUAACUCCGGAGUUGUCACAUUACUGUAUAUUUGAAACAGUGUAAAGUCCAUCCCAUUCUCUUAGAGAAAACCUAUUUAUCGGCGUUUCUCUCUGAUCUGCUACGAAAAAUCUUUGAUGUUGUCUUUCGUGUAGGGUUAUGUCUUUGUCCACCAUGAGUGACAACAGGGUGAUUGUUUUAGUAGACAUGGAUUGCUUCUAUUGUCAGGUAGAAGUAAGACUGAACCCAGCACACACAGGGAAACCUCUUGCUGUUGUACAGUACAAUGCCUGGCGAGGAGGAGGGAUAAUUGCAGUGAACUAUGAAGCUCGAGAUAAAGGUGUCAAGAGAGGAAUGCGUGGCGAUGAAGCUAAGAAAUUGUGUCCUGAUAUAGUUUUAUGUAAAGUGGCUGAAGUUCGUGGCAAAGCGGAUUUAACAAAAUAUCGGGAUGCAGGAAGGGAAAUUGUUGACGUUCUUCAAGGAUUUUCAAAUUGUGUUCAAGUGGCAAGUAUUGAUGAGUCCUACAUGGACAUCACAGAAGCUGUUGAAGAUCGUCUCCUUCAGGUUUUGGAACAAGACAAUGCUUUGUGCAUAGAAAAGCUUCCAUCUACCUUUGUAAUAGGAUUCUCUGAUGAUAAAUCAAAUGAUGAAGAUCAGAGAGUUGCUGGAGUUAAAAAUUGGCUAGAAAAUCUAGCUGACCCAACUUGUAUGAGACUUGCAGUUGGUGCAAUGAUAACUGAGGAGAUGCGAGCUGCUGUCUAUAAGCAGACUUCGUUCCGUUGUUCUGCUGGUAUCUCAUAUAAUAAGCCCCUAGCCAAAUUAGUUUGUGCAGUGCACAAGCCAAAUCGUCAGACUGUUUUACCUCCCGACAAGGUUGAGCUCUUUUUCUCCACUCUUCCCCUGCGUAAAAUGCGUAACCUUGGAGGUAAGUUUGGCACGGAGGUUGUUGAGAAACUAGGUUGUCAAACUAUGGGGGACCUAGCCAAAUACAGUCUUCAGGAACUGCAAAGAUGUUAUGAUGAGAAAAAUGGACUUUGGCUGUACAAUAUUGCGCAUGGAAUAGACCAUGAGCCUGUCACUAAGCGUCUCAUAGCCAAGUCAAUAGGAUGUAGCAAAAACUUUCCUGGGAGAACAGCUCUUGCAGCAAGACAGAAGGUUGAGCAUUGGAUGCGAGAACUAACUACUGAGUUGGUUGUGCGCUUGACAGAAGAUCAAGUUACUAACAAGAGACGUGCACAACAUUUGACUGUUUCUGUGAGCCAAGACUCCAGUGAUGGAUCUUUGGCCACCUCUGCUCGUUCAGGAGCUUUGCCUUGCUAUAAUGUUGACCGCAUUGUGGCUCUUGCUCUUCAGUUGAUAUCAAAAACGAACAUUGGCUCAAAUCCAACUUUGUCAUGGGACCCACCUAUUAAAAACAUCAGUCUGUCAGCUGGAAAAUUUACUACAGAUUGUUCCUCGCAAAAGUCUUCAAUCCAGUCCUUUUUCAAGCAGGUUACAAAAGAAGAGGCAUCUAAUUCAAGUGAUACAAUUACUGAACAUCUUUAUAAAAAUAAUUCUGCUAAGAUUUCUCUUUCUGCUCAUAAUGAAGAACAAAAUGUUCAUAAACAGGAACCAAAUAUGAAACAUAGGUCUUCCCUUGAUAAUUACUUCAAACAGAAUAAUGUGUGCUCUGAUAAUGAUUCAAGUAGGGAUAUGUUUCUAGACGAUGAAAGUCCAGGGAACAUCAGUAAUGAAUUCACAGACCAGGUUAGUGAGAAAACAGAAGCUUUCCCACAUGUGGAUAAGAAUUCUUCAUUAGAUGGUAAAGUAACUCAUUCUUCAAAAAGAAAACAACAAUCCAUUAGUUCAGAAGGUGUUUCCUGUCCAGCAAACCUGGAAAGUGCUGCAACGCAUUCAUUUUUUGCCCGUUAUAUUCUCUCAUAUAAGAAAAGAAAAACAACUGAGGUUCCUAUUGAAAGUGAGCCGGUACCUUCCACUAGCAAAGGACUAGCUCACAACAUCCCUCAGCAUUCCCCUAGUAAUUGUGAUACAGAUUCUUCUGACUCACAAAAUGCUAAUGAAAAUGAUGAUGACAUUCUCGAGAAGUGUGUUGAAUGUGGCAAACUCAUUCCACUUCAAGAAUUUCCAGAGCACGUUGAUUACCACAGUGCUUUAAAUCUUCAAAAAGAACUCAACGAGACUCUCACACCUCCCGAAAAUAAUGUCUCUCGUGUCUCUGUAGUUGAGUCUGCCCAUGCUCACUCUUCUCAUGGAUCCAGUAGCAGAGGUGAAGAAUCUUUACCGCCGGAGGCUGACCCCAGCUCAGAUCCGCCUGUAGAAAAGUGCAGUUACUGUGGAAAACUCAUACCUUUACAAGAGUUCCCAGAGCAUGUAGAUUACCACAGUGCCUUGGACCUUGAGAAAGAGCUGAACAGGGCUCCUCCCCCUCCCCCUGCCGCCAAUUCAAACGCCUCUUUGGUGCCGGCAAAGAAGAAAAAGGGGCGCACGAACAAGCAAGCCCCGUCCCCUGCUAAAAAGGUUCAGUCCAAUUCCAUUACCGCAUUUUUUGUACCCAAAUAAUAGUUCAUUUUAUGUAUUUACAAGAAAAUGAUGUUUGAAUUUUUUUGUACUGCCUUUUAUACUAUUUUUAUUGUAGCCUUUUAUGUAAACUGCCUGUAGAGUGUUGGAACUUUUUCGAAAAAGCGUUCCGUUGACGCCUGCGCUGAGCCGGGUAGGCAACAAUAUGUGCAGGCGUGGCGCGCAUUGCCUACCCUCACUGUUUCAGGCGCCUUGUUACUUCCAUUUUUGUCUGUUGUCUUUUAUGUUCUUUUUUACGAGAAAUUGUUAUUUUAGCAUGGAUGUUGAUAAUUUUAUAAUUUUUAUAAAAUGUGAAACGUUGAAUUAAAUAAAAAUGCAGAAGCCGAAAAGGCGUUUGCAAUGAAAACCGCG